UCACUCCUAAUCACUGUCAACUAUCAACGGCCGUGAUUGAGAGCGUCCCGCGACUACAAACAAUUGUCUCCUCUUUACAUGAGAAGUUUGGAGUUGCUGUCAAGCUUGGACCUUAUAAACCAACACUGGAUUUAGCCUACAUUUGAAGAAAAAGAAGUUAUUUUUAUGUCAGCGUAAAGUGGAAUGACUACUUAUCAAAUCUUCACAAGGAAAUACUAAACGUCACAAAGAAUCGCAAGGAUGUUUCUUUAUGAACUUGUCGCACACGUCAACAUAUGUUUUGUGACUUUAUAAACUAAAACGUGCAACUUCUUGUUGCAUUUAGUAAGCAGAAUAUGUCUCUCUUGUAAAAGAGUUCCUAACGACUUGGGAAUUCUGUUUCUCUUCUAGCCCAGUAAAGUUCUUCUGCUGGGUUUUACUCAAAACUGAAUCUCACCUCAGUUUAAACUCGUUUCAUAAGCGGCCCACAAGGGCUUGGACGAUUUCAGUCAUGAACGUGCCAAGGUGCUCUGGAGUUUGCGCUAUGAUGAGACUUCUGGCGCUGGUUAUACAUGUUUUGUCAACCACAGCAAAGAGACACGUUGUAUACUGGAACACUACAAACACACGGUUAACAGGAGAUGAUUACUCUGUCCAGGUCAAUCUGAGUGAUUAUCUGGAUAUACUGUGUCCCCACUAUCCUGCUGACCACCAGUCGAGUGGACCUGUGGAGAGUCUGGCUCUCUACCUGGUGGCUGAGCGCCAGUUCAAGGGCUGCGUGGAGACUAAAGAGGCCAUUAAGAGAUGGGAGUGUAACCAGCCGUAUGCUCCCUAUGGCCCUGUCAGAUUCUCUGAAAAGAUCCAGCGCUUCACACCCUUCUCCUUGGGCUUUGAAUUCCUGCCCGGACACCAUUACUACUAUAGCUCACUAUCCUCAGACGAUGGACCCCCCCUCCCCUGUAUGAAACUACGAGUCACUGUGUGCUGUCCACCAACAACAGCUGGAUCAUCAAGACAAGAAGCCACAGAGAAACCAUCACGCAGCAGUUCUGUCCAUCCUGUGACAAUCGGACAACUUUCUCUCCUCCUCAUCCCCCUCUUCUUGCCUUAUUUCCUCUAAUAUCUCUUCUUAAAGCAUAAAACCUAAAAACAAAUGCUCUGUUGCAGCAUAUAUUCCUCCAUAACAGUUUGCAUUACAGUAAAUGCGUGUUCUACAUCUGUGGAUUACACACACGCACACACACACACACUCUCUCUCUCUCUUUCUCAUACUCCUUUGCUCUGUCAUUUUUGUCACGCUAUUAAUCUCCAUCCCUCUGUUUCCUCUCUGGCAGUCUCUCCGUCCUCUCACAGCAGUCCUUAUGCUGUCCGCUCUGAUAAAAGUUCACUCUGGAACAGAGCGACACUAAUCUACCUUCAAAGAGCUUAUCUUACUGUUCAGUUUCUUUUAAUCCAUCUGUCUUUAAGAGUCAGACAUUCCUUUACAAGCCUCUGCUCCCCCUCUCCUCUGUCCUACUGUACAACAAACUGAGCCAAAGACGAGGAGGAGGAUGAAGCUCCCCGGUCCUGCUGUUUGUACUACUGACUGAAAGAUCAGGGACAGAGUGAACAUUCAUGUGUGCGAUCACUAACAGAUGUAUUGAUCAAUAGCUGGGAAAAUAUUUUU